AAUUGGGCGGCUGAUGAAUUUGGGCGCGAUAAGAAGAAACCCAAAAUUUGAACAGUGAGUGUAUCCGUUCGUCUUCACUGUUUAGCAGCCAUCGAUCGUUUAAGGUACUUGAGUUCACGCAGGCGGCCAUCAAUCGGUUAAGACUCUGAAUUUGAUACAUAUCCACUUAUAAUUAGGAGAUUAUCACAUAUGCCUGGCUAACCAUAAAGAGGAAUUUAGAUUAUACUUGAAUUUGAUUGGAGUAUGUUUGUUUCCUGUUUUACAUCAUAGUUCUGCUGCACUGCACUCAUGCCAAACCUUGUCGGUGAAUCCAAAACCCCCAUUUCUUCAUCAAAGCGUAAAUCAGUUUUUUUGCAUGGAUGGUGGCUCAUAAAGCUCGAAAGUCAAUCCAAAUUGGGCGUUGGAGGCUUUCUUAACAGAGAGACGUUCGAAACACGCAGAAUGCGACUUUUCGGCUCUCCAUCAACCGGAAAGAGGCCGAAUAUUAACACUAUCGAUGAUGGAGUUCAAGUUUAUGGUUCUGCAGCAAUUGUCAAGAGGCAUGAUAACUACACUCUUGAAGCAGAAGAUGGCAUCAUAAUCAGUAUUAGUGGUUACAUCAUUAAGUCACGCACACUGUCUUAUGGCUUCUCAUCUGAGGUCUGUGAUAGUUUCCUUAGCGGAUUUCCAUGUAGCUGGGAAGAUUAUGCCUUUAAAUCUUUUCAUGAUAAGUGUGACGACGAUACAACAAAACAAUCCUUGCCUGCGUCUUUUGAUGAUCUUCCGGUCACUCAUGUACGGCAUUUAUUGAUGUCAGGAACUGCUUUAACGAGUAUUAUUUUCAGAGAUAUUAUGAAACAUACUGAAAAGAUUCUUAAUCAAAGCGUUCCGCCAGUCGACAAGAUCUCCACCAACUCUAUAGAAGUUGAUCACAAUCAAGAUGAUAUUUCUUUCUCAAAUUCAACUCAGAAGAAGAUAACUGAAGAAGAUAUUAAUACUGCAGUUGAUUCGCACAUGAAAAAAUCUGAAGAAACCGAAGAUGAUGGUUUUAUGUCGGAUGCAAUACGCAAAAUAACCCAAGUAAAACAGUCGAAGGUAUUACCAAGAAUAUAUCCCCUAAGGUCCAGGCAAAAAGAAAAAACACUAGAAGUUGAUGAUGAUUGAUCAAAGGUUAUAUAUACUGAAGAACAUGAUCCGGUAAACUGUUUCUAAUUGCCCAUGGUAUCUUUAACCAUUCUCUUAGUUUUGAAUGAAGAAAUUAGCUAACAAAUUCGUUGAAACAACUUUAGUUUCAACCGUCACUUAUUUUUAGAUAUGAUGUAUCUUGAAUGUCGAAGGUUGUGUAUGCCCUUGAACAUUGGCUUUUGACUUGUAGGGUUUGACCAAAUUAGCAUGGCCGAUGUAUGAUCAAUAUGUGCAUUGACCCUUCUGUUUUCUUCUAGUUUCAUCUUUCUGUUUUUGGCCUUGUUUAUGUUUUAGAACUUAGGAUGAUUUGAUCUUGUUAUUAUCAUCAGAUUAAGUAAA